AAAGAUCCAAGAAUUUUCAAAAAAAUUGUUUUACUGAAUGAGGCCACAAAUAGUAUUAUUUGGGGACUCCAUUACUGAACAAUCCUUCAGAUUAGGUGGUUGGGGUGCUGCUCUGGGUGAUACUUAUGCUCGCAAGGUUGAUAUAUUGAAUCGUGGCUAUGAUGGAUACAACACCAGAUGGGCAUUGUUCUUGCUACACCACCUAUUUCCAUUGGAUGCUCCAACACCUCCUGUUGUUGCCACUAUAUUUUUUGGAGUCAGUGGUGCUGCUCUUUUGGGAAGAACCAGUGAAAGACAACAUGUCCCACUUGAGGAAUAUAAGGAAAACCUUAGAAAAAUGAUCAACAUUUCAAGAAAUGCUCCCCGUCAGUGCUAGUGUUGCUGAUAACUCCACGAUCAGUUGAUGAAGCAGGACAGUUUGAAUAUGCAAGGUCCUAAUAUGGAGACAAAGCAAUGGAAUUGCCAGAAAGGACAAAUGAAGUGGCCGGAGAGUAUGCAAAACAUUGUGUUGAAUUGGCAGAGGAGCUAGGUCUCCCUUCCGUCAAUUUAUGGUUUAAAAUGCAGGAAACAGAGGGUUGGCAAAGAAAAUUCCUCAGUUCAUGUGUCACUGGUGAUCAUCAUAACAACUUAUCUUCAUCUAUGAAGAAAAGGUCAGGUGGUAGAGCGAGGCCAAAGAAGUCUAAAUCGUCCAAAGGACAAUGGACAGUUGAAGAAGACAGGCUUUUGAUCCAUUUGGUAGAGAAAUUUGGAAUUAGAAAAUGGUCUCAAAUUGCUCAAAUGCUCAAAGGGAGAAUAGGCAAGCAAUGUAGGGAGAGGUGGCACAACCAUCUCAGACCUGAUAUAAAAAAGGAUUUUUGGACGGAGGAGGAAGAUAGGAUCUUAAUCCAAGCUCAUGGUGAAGUUGGAAAUAAAUGGGCAGAAAUUGCAAAGACACUUCCUGGAAGAACUGAGAAUUCAAUUAAGAAUCAUUGGAAUGCAACAAAAAGAAGGCAAUUUUCAAGAAGAAAAUGUCGUACCAAAUGGCCUAGGCCUAGUUCUCUACUCCAAAAUUAUAUCAAAGGUUUGAAUUUAGAAAAAGGAAGCACCAAAAAGAGCAAUGACACAAAUUCUAAUGGUCGCGUGGAUUUGAGGCAUGUGGAGUUGUCUUAUCCAGGAAGCUUAGGUUACACAGGUCCAGUUUUUGAAAACAGAAAUGAAAAUUUGAUCAACAAGAAUAAGCGCCACACUAAUAUUGCAAAAGUGAAGGUAUCACCUAAGCCAGAAUCCAUUGAAUUUUGUCAAGGAAAUAAUAUUGGUGAUUUUGAUUUGAGUGAAGUCCCAGAAUUUGCAUUGGAUGAUAAUUUCUUCAUGGAAGAAAUUAAUCCUCAUGUUGGUUCGUCCAUUAUGGAUAACAAUUAUGAUAAAUGCAUGGGAAUGGAGAUUAUGCCUUAUUAAAAAGUGCCAACAUUGAUGCAAGGUGAAGUCAACAAGGAGAUUGAUUUGAUGGAGAUGAUUUCUAGAGUUAAUAAUUAAUCCAUAGAUAUUUUUAUGUUUUAGAACAAUACCUGAUGUAGUGAAUUGAUUUAUAUUAAGUAUG